AUGGCAGUCUUUCCAAACUCCUGUCUCCCCGGGUGUCUGCUCGUCUUCAUUCUCCUCAAGGUGCCCGAGCUGGAUUCUGCUCCCUUUGACGUGAUUGGACCACCGGAGCCCAUCCUGGCGGUGGUGGGUGAAGAUGCCGAGCUGCCCUGUCACCUCUCCCCCAACGUGAGCGCCGAGCGCAUGGAGUUGCGGUGGUUCCGAGAGAAGGUCUCUCCCGCGGUGUUCGUGCGCCGGGAAGGGCGAGAGCAGCCCGGAGAGCAGAUGGCCGAGUACGGGGGGAGAGUGACGCUGGUGGAGGACCACAUCGCGGAGGGGCGCGUCGCUGUGAGGAUACAGGACGUCAAGGCCUCUGAUGAUGGCGAGUACCGAUGCUUUUUCAGGCAGGACGAAAACUACGAAGAGGCCACCGUGCAUCUGAAGGUGGCGGCUCUGGGCUCUGAUCCUCAUAUCCACAUGGAAGUUCAAGAGAGUGGAGACAUCUGGCUGGAGUGUACCUCAGUGGGAUGGUACCCAGAGCCCUGGGUACAGUGGCGAACUCCCAAGGGAGAGGAGUUUCCAUCCGUGUCAGAGUCCAGGAACCCUGAUGAAGAAGGUCUGUUCACCGUGGCAGCUUCAGUGAUCAUCAGGGACACCUCCAUGAAGAAUGUAUCCUGCUGUAUCCGGAACCUCCUUCUCAGCCAAGAGAAAGAAGUAGAGAUUUCUAUACCAGCUCCCUUCUUCCCAAGGCUGACUCCCUGGAUGGUGGCUGUGGCUGUGGUCUUGAUGGUCCUAGGACUUCUCACAAUUGGGUCCAUAUUUUUCACUUGGAGACUAUACAAGGAAAGAUCCAGAGAGAGGAGGCAUGAAUUCAGCUCUAAAGAGAAACUCCUGGAAGAGCUCAAAUGGAAAAAGGCUACAUUGCAUGCAGUUGAUGUGACUCUGGAUCCAGAUACCGCCCACCCCCACCUCUUUCUGUAUGAGAAUUCAAAAUCUGUCCGAUUGGAAGAUUCACGUCAGAAACUGCCUGAGAAACCAGAGAGAUUUGACUCCUGGCCUUGUGUGUUGGGUCGUGAGGCCUUCACCUCGGGGAGACAUUACUGGGAGGUGGAGGUGGGAGACAGGACUGACUGGGCAAUCGGGGUGUGUAGGGAGAACGUGAUGAAGAAAGGAUUUGACCCCAUGACUCCCGAGAAUGGGUUCUGGGCUGUGGAGUUGUAUGGAAAUGGGUACUGGGCUCUCACCCCCCUGCGGACCCCUCUCCCAUUGGCGGGACCCCCCCGCCGAGUUGGGAUCUUCCUGGACUGUGAAUCAGGAGACCUCUGCUUCUACAACAUGACUGAUGGAUCCCAUAUCUAUACUUUCUCUAAUGCCUCUUUCUCAGGCCCCCUCCGGCCCUUCUUCUGUCUGUGGUCCUGUGGUAAAAAGCCCCUGACCAUCUGCCCAAUCACUGAUGGGCUUGAGGGAGUCACAGUAGUUGCUGAUCCCAAGGACCUUUCUAAGGACAUCCCACUCUCGCCCAUAGGGCAGGACUCUGCCUCUGGGGAUACAGACACCCUCCAUUCUAAACUGAUCCCUCCCCAGCCCAGCCAACGGGUACCUUAAGGAAUACCCCAGCUCAACCAUUUCCCUUCGCUCUUGCCCCCUUCUCUAUCACCCCCUGGGGCUUCAUCUGCCAGCUGUACCCAGCCCCUGCUUCUUCUGUUGGGUAGGGAUUAAUUAAUCUUGAGAAGGUUGCGUUGCUGCUGAUAGAGUGUGGGGUGCAGGACCUUCCUAAUCUGUUUCCGUUUCUGUUUCAAUAUUCAGGGGGCGGAGAGGUGACUCAAACUGCUUCUUGCGUUCUCCUGGCCCUUGAGGCCAAAGCCUAUAGGAAGGCACUUGAAGCUCAGGGAUCGAGAUGGGCUUAGACUGGCCUAGGGUUGUGACAGAAACAUCUUGGUGUCCAGAAUAGGAAUAUGUAGAGGAACAGGUUUUAGGCAAGCAGAAAACCCAAAGGAUCCUGGGAAGGGAAGAUCUGAGGCUGAAAUCCCAUAAAGAAACUUGGAGGGGAAGUCAUGAUAGAAGAAAGUGAGGUGAACCCAGGCCAGUGAUGGACAUCUGGCCUGCCCCUAGAGUUUUAGGGCCUAUAUGUCAAAUUUUUUAAGUCAUAUCCUCUGGGGUGGAUCUGAGCAAUUGGCAAGGAGAGUAAAGAAGAGAUGAAAUGAGCUGGGCUAAGGGAUCAGACAGAAUGUUUGAUAGAGGAGAGAAUUUUAGAUAAAAUUCAAAGGUUGUGUUCACAGCCAUGCCUCGGCCCUGUUCCCCUCUCUGCACCCGUGUUUCUCCCUUGCCUGGGGCUCAUCUCAACCUCACUUUGUUGACUCCACAAGUCUCAGGUUCUCUUCUUCUUUUUGAUCUAGAAUCUCUCCAUUUCAGAGGCUUUUCCAGGCAUCAUCGUUCAGUAAUAUCACCACUUUAUCAGCCAUUGUCUCAGCCUCAACCCAACAUUUGGUUUAAACUCUCCACCAUACCUUUAAUUAGCUUCGACCACCACCCACUUCCACACCGCACCACCAAUCGCUCUCUCCCCACCCAGCUUUCCUACACGCUGCUUCUCCUCAGGGUUCCCUGAAGGCUGCAUCAUUGUGCUCAGCACAGCUGGAUUGAUCGCAGUUGUCUGUAUUUGCAUUUUCCUGUAUACGUAUGUCUUGUCUUGCUAAUAGACUGCAAAUUUAUCCAGGCUCCCAGCUUCCAUUUCCACUGGGUUUUCCAGUUUCCAGGAUAGAUGUCGCCCAUGGUCUUAACCUAAUAAAUAAGUCUGUCUGAU